AAUUAAAAAUAAAUUAUAAAAAUUUUUAAAAGUUCUUAAAUCUUUCAAAGUAAAAAAUUUGAAAAAAUUAAUUUAGUCAAUCAAUAUUGGUAAUUAUUAAAAAUUUUAUAUUAAAAAAGAAAAAAAAAAUUGAAGAAAGGAAUUAAAUUCCAUAUUUCAUUUUCAAAAAAAAAAGGCAAAAAAAAUUAAAGAAAAGGACUUUGAAAAUAUUAAGUUUUUUUGAAAAAAUAAUGUCCGGUAGCAAUUCUAAUUCCGUUAUUUGUGAGGAAGUAUUUUUUGAUGGAUAUCAGCCUUCUACGGACGAAAUAAAAGAUUAUGCACUAAAAAUUGGCAUUGAUCCAGCUAAAGAACCACAUUUACUGUAUUUGGCUCGCGAAGGAUUAUUACAAGCAUUGCCACCAGAUUGGAAAAUUUGUUAUAACGAUCAAUUACACGCUCAUUAUUAUUAUAACGUUAAAACAAAAAUAACACAGUGGGAACAUCCAUUAGAUGAUUAUUAUAAAGAAUUAGUUGAGCAAGCACGUCAAAAAUUAGCAACAACACCAACUUCAGGUUCAACAAUUGAUAUAUCUGAGGAUGCAUCACAAUUAGAUUCUGGUAUAAGAAGUCUUCAAUUAAAUGAAGAACUUGAAUUACAUAAUUCAAAUUUUAAUUUAAAUAAUGAUACAACAAAUAAUACAACAAUAACAACAUCAUCAUCAUCAUCAUCAGCUUCUGCAUCAUCAAUUCAUAGUGGCAGUAGUAGCAGUAAUAAUAGUUCACAUCAACAAAAAAUGAAUGCUUUAGGAAGCGCAAAUCAAAAAUUUUUAGAAACAAAAAUUAGUUCAAAUCCAUUUCAUCAUUCACAUUCAUCACCAUCGAUUGGUCUUAAUUUGAAACCGCUUAAAACAUCACGAUUUGAAGUUGUUAAAACAAAUCCACAAAUUAGUUUAGAUAUGAAAAUGAAUACAUCAAAUAGUGGUGUUAUUAUAAGUGGUAUUAAUAAUGUUAAUACUAAUUUAGAUCAAUCGGAUGGAAUAACAAAUACUGGUAUAAAUAAUGACAGUUCGGAACCAGAACGUAAAGGUUUUCAAAUAUCAGGAAUGGGUGCAAUGUUUUUAAAAUCAAAUUCAAGAAUUAAAACAAGUUAUGAUAUUAGAUCAUCUCCAAGUAAUAGUUCAAUAAAUGGUAAUAAUUCAAGUAAUGGUAUAGUUAAAGGUAUUUUAAGAGAUGGUGAUAUUAGAAGAAGAUUAAAAGAAGAAGAAAAUAGUAGCAAUGAUAUACAUUUACAAUUAAUUGGUCUUUCAAAUACUAGUAAUAAUAGUAGUACAGAUGACAAAAAGAGUGUUCGUUUUAAUUUAGAUGAUAUUAAAAUGCGUUCACCAGAAGAUGAACAAAGUAGUUCUAGAAAAUUUACCCAUAGCCCUGAAGUAUCUGAUAAUUCUGAAGAAGAUGGUAAUGACCCAUGGGAUUUUAAUGAAGAAGAUGAUAAUUUUAUUGAAGAAAAGCAUGUUAAAGAAGUUAAAGUAACUCCAAUUAAAGAUAAUGUAACAAAUUCAGUUUCAGGAACAAUAAAUAUUCAACCACAAACAAUUAAGUUAACAAAACCAUUAAUGAAAUCAUCAUCAGUUGAUAGCAGCAAUAAUUCAAUUAGCAUAGGUAAUACAAUAUUUAAAAGUAAUUUAGGUGAUAAAACAAAUCCAUCUGUUCUAGAAAAAUUAAAAGGUAAAAAUUUAGUUAAACCACUUUAUGAAGAUACUGAUUCCGAUUCAAAAGGUAGUUCAAUUUUAAGUUUUGUAAAACAUGAUGAAUAUUCGGAUUUAUUGAAAAAGGAUACUAUUGAAUUAGAAGAUCUAUCAAGAGAGCACAAUGAAAAUUUAGAAAAAUUGAAAAAAAAAUUGAAGGAAGAAUUAGAAGAAGAAAAAGAAAAAUUACAAGAUGAAAUGAGACUGACCUUGGAAAAGAUGAAAAAUGAUUACUUGAAAGAUAAUGAAAAAAAAUUCACAGAAUUUAAGAAUACAUCAAAAAAUAAUAAUGAAGAAUCUCUUGACUCUAAAAUCGCCAUUAAUCAAAAAUUAUUAAAGGAAGAAAAUGAUAGAUUAGAAAAAUCAUUAAAUGAUGAAAUUUUAGAAUUGAAAAGGCAGCACAAUGAGAAAUUAAAACAGAUUGAAACGGAAUAUGACAAUCAGUUGGUAGCAGUUAAACAGCAAUUUGAAGAAGAAAAUAAUCGUAAAUUAGAAGAGUAUAGAUUAAGUUUAGAAAAACAAUUUGAGCCAAAACGUAACGAUAUUUUGCAUGAACAUAAGGUUGCCGUUGAUAUUUUGCAAAAAAAUCAUGCUGAAAUGUUACAAGAAUUGGAACGUGAUCUAAAGAGUGAGGAAGAAAUUUUGAAAAAGGAACACAUUACAAAACUGAAUGACAUGAGGGAGAAAUUAUCACGAGAAAUGGAAUUGGAAAGGCAAAGAAUGCGUGAAUCUGGUGAAGAUCGACUUUAUGAAAAGAUUCGUUGUGAAAAACGUUUGUUAGAAGAUAAAUAUCGCUGUUUGAAAGACAAAUAUGGUCGUUUAAAAUCUGAUGUUAAAUUAUCUUUAGAAAGAAGAAAUCGUAGAAGAGAACAACUGGCAGCGCAACAACAACAACAACAGCAAAAUUUAACAAAUACAACUAAUACAACAACUGGUUCGGAAACUGAACGUUCACUAUCAAAUAAACCAUCUAUUGGUAAUAGUGAACUAAAGAGUCCAUCUAUUUCAACUUCGUAUCCGGAACAAUCAUCAGCAGUUGCAAUAAAUCCUUUAAGUUCAAAACCGCCAACAGUUGUCAUUACGUCCAAACAUUCUUCUUCAUUACAUCCAAGUAGAGAUUCUGAUCGAGAUGGUAAUCACAUUCGAGAGAGAUCAACUGAACGCCAAGCAAGAAAGAUGGGUAUUGCUUCGAAAUAUAUAAAACAUUUGCAAGUGCAUUAUCAGGAUGACACAACAUCAAUUAGCCAAUCAGAUACAACAAUAUCAAAUAAUUAUACACGCGGAAAAUAUCUUCCAGCUCCAUAUAGUAGUGAUAAUGGUAAUUCUGAUUCAGAGGCUUUUAUAGGAAAUCAAGAAAAUAAUAAUAAUAGUACUGGAGCAGGUGCUACUGCUACUGCAACAGCUGCCUCUAUACCACCAUCUGGCAAAGAUCGACAACGUAAAAAGCAAUUUUCUAGAACAAAAUCUGCAUCAACAUCACGGCUCAAUACGGAAAAUUAUAAAUCAGAUCGUCCAUGUACUCCUGUUGAAAAUCUUCGUCGUCAACUACAAAAACUUGAAGAUCUUGAAGAUCAAUUUCCAGAUAAUACACUGGAUGCUACUUACCAUUUACGUUAUCCAUUCUCUGAUAUUUCGAAUGACCAUGCUGGUACUAGUUCUGAACUGGAAUUUUUCAAGCAUCGAAUACAUUUGGAACGUGAUUCAGUUCGACGUGCAAAAGAAUCUUUACGAACUCAACGUACAAAUUUCCGUGCUCGACAACGUGAAAUCAAACAAAGGCAUAAACAAACAAAUACUCGUCAUAGUCUUGAUCAAUUAAUUCAAGAAGAAAAGGAAUUAACUGAAAUGGAAGUCAAUUUGCAUAGAACAAGAGCUUUACUUGGGGAAAAAGUUAUUCGUUUAAGACAUUUAGAACAAUCUUUACAGAGAAUCUAUGAAAAAGAUAAACAAACAAAUAUGGAUUUAUUACAUGUGGAAAAUAAAGAAGAUGCAACUUUAAGUGAUUUAUCAUCCCAUUCGAGUUCUGGAUUUAGUAGUACAGAUUUUGCAAGUGAUACAAAUGCUUUAUUAAAUCGACGUAAAGAAAUUUAUCAAGAUUCAUCGGAAGCUAUUAAAAAUUUAGAAAUUUUAAAUAUUGAAAUUAGAGAAAUUUUAGAUAUUAUAGGAAAGCAACAAAUUCACGGAGCAACUUAUAAUCCUCCAGAAUUCGAUUGGUCUACAGCUUUAUAUUCUACAACACCAAAUAAUGCUCAGCCAAUAAUAAAUACCCCAACUGCAGGAGCUAAUAAUCCAGCAAUACAUCAUAAUUUAUUUCAAACGCCACCAUCAAUUCCAACACUAUCAGAUCGUUUAGAAACUUAUCGUCAAUUAGCAGCUGGACGUGUACAAUCAUCAAUGGGUACAGCUAUGAUGGCAGCAAAUACAAUUGUAUCACAAAAUCCUCGUGCCGUUAAUUAUACAACUAGUUUAGUGGAAAGGACACGUGAUCUAAGGAAUUGGUUACGGCAAGCUAAAAAUGAACAUGAAAUUUUAUUAGGUGCUAAUCUUGGUAAUUUAUUAACAGCCAGCAGUGGUAUCGCUAAUGUGGGUCUCGGUAAUGUUAUCAGCGAUGGUACUGCUAGCAGUGGUGGUAGAACUGGUGGUGGCGGCGGUAUCAGUAGUGGUAUAGAUACUAUGUCAAAUCUUCAAACAAAUUUGUAAAAACAAAAGAGAAAAAAAAACUAAAAUUUGUGAAAAAUUUAAAAUUAUUUGUUUAAAAAUAUUUAACUUGCUAAAAGCAAAUUUCUUUUUGGUUAUUUUUUUUUAUUUUUUCUUAAUUUUAAUAUUCCCUAAUUUUA